GUUAUCAUCACUAUCGUCACUAAGUGGCAGUAAUUCGGAUCUUAGCUCGGAGUACGAUAGUAUGUCGGAUUACGGUGGCAGCGAUACUGAGUCAGACGAUGGUGAAGGGCGGCUAGUAAUUACGCUCGAUCCGAUCGAUGAACCGUCGGAAUCGGGUAGCGAGUCACCGAAUCAUCUGGAAAGUUUGAAGAAGAUCGCUCAGCUCGACGAUCGACUUGCUGAUCCUGGGAACUCCUCUUCCGAGUCUUCGUCAGGCGACACGAAUGCCAAAUCCGAAACAUUGGCAUCAGUUGACGAACAGCACGACACGCUCGCAGGCACUGGAAGCUCUAUAAUGAACGAUCGUGAAUCACAACCACCGGAUCGAAACGAAUCAGAUUUUACCGCUGACAGCUGUCCCAGGGAACCGCUCAAUGAGGCGAAUGCAGAAAGGCAAGACCGUGACCCGCUCUCCAGCGAGAUGGCUGACCAUCCGGAGGAGGACCAGGAGCAUCCGGAAGAUUCCGAUAUGCCGCUAGUAAUGGAUCUCGGCGAGUCCGAUGCAUCCCCCUCGGUGCACGAGGAAGAACGGUUCAACCAGGUUGCCCAGCAACCACCAACUCAGGACCAACAGCAAGCAACGGUUGCAGCAGCGCAUGCUACUACGUUCGAUCAUCAGGAGCAGCAAAGGAACGACCUGCAACAACCGGCCUAUGGUGAUGGUGGCCAUACGGCUUUCAUAGAACAUCACCCUCAACAGCAGCCCACCGUCAACAGUGUAACACCCGCAUCCUCUUCGCUGGACUCCAGUUCCUCCAGUUCCAGUCGUGACAUGAAUGAUGUGCACAACAUAUCGAAGAUCCUGAAAACGUGUCACAACGGCGAUGCUGAUGGUAACGGAUUGGUCAACAGUAGAGGCGAUCCAGAAGCGAUGCGAGAGGAUGACCGAUUAGCACGUGAACAUGCGGUACGAUCCCCACCUACGGCGGCGGCAGAAGUACAGGAAAAUGGUGGUACGGGGCUUAUCGCAACGAAUGGUGGGUACAGUCCACCGGAACCGGACCAACCGACGACGACGACGACGACGACCAAUCCGCACUGGAACAUUGCCAACGCCUUCUAUGCUGGUGAUUUCGGAGAGGAAGAGGAUGAUGAACAGGAUACGGAGCAGAUCGAAGAAUUCAACCUGAAGAUGCGCUCGGUCGUGUUCAAGGACAUACGACGGCCGGGACGCGACUAUUCGGAGCUCCUAAAACACCUCGAGCUGGUUCAAGGCAGUCUGGAGACGAAGGAACGGUUCGUUACUAUGAGCAUCGGCGAGGCACGCCGAUUCCGGCGCCAUCGAAUGGUGACCUGCAUAGAGGAAUGGUGGGACGGGUACAGUGCGCGGGUGGUCAGCAUGCGAUCGUACGGGUACGUGCGGCCCUAUCAACGAACACCGAGUCCCCAGGGAGUGGUACCAGCACAGUACUUUACCGCACCGGCAUGAUGAUGAACGACUCUUGGGCCGCAAAGCUAUCAACCAUCAUCCUCGUUAUCCUCGUCGUUAUUAGCAGCAGCCCUUCCUCUUCUGACCGUGUCUCUAUGAAAAACUGCAAAAUUGUAUUAUACAGUAGGGUUUACAAGGGAAAAUGCCGAAAGUGAAGUUAGAAACUGUAGCUAGGGCAAUGGUAACUCGAUUAGCAAAACCUCACCUCACACACCUGUUCAUCGCGGCGCAUCAUAGUGAGAAUGUUUUUGCCAUCCUUCAGGAGGGAGGAAUAGAGAGAAAGAGGGAGAGAGGGAGUGGGAGAGAACAACAGGACACAAACAAUAGAUGAAUCAUCUUUUACUACUUUUGUUUUAAAGAAU